UCUUCUCUGUUAACUCGAAAGCGAAACUUCUCUCUCUUCGCUGUUUUUCUUCAGAGAAAACAACGGUCUUCGUUGCUGAAAGACAUGGCUUUUCCCAGCUCUUCCACAUUUCACCAACAGUUUCAGUGUUCAGUCUGUCUGGAUGUUUUCACCGAACCCGUCUCCACUCCAUGCGGACACAACUUCUGUCAGGGCUGCAUCACCGGCUACUGGGCUGCCAGUAAGGUCAGCCAGUGUCCUCUCUGCCUGGAGACGUUCCACCAAACGCCCGAGCUGCGAGUCAACACAGAAUUCAGAGACAUUUUGGAGUUUUUCAAGAGCACGAGAGGUGCAGCUGAGGACAGCAGUCCCCCCGUCCGGUCCUGGGAGGUGCCCUGUGACCUCUGCAGUGGGGUGAAGCGUAAAGCUGUAAACUCCUGCCUGGUGUGCCUGGUCUCCUACUGCAGCUCUCACCUGGAGCCACAUAACCAGGUUCAGGCUCUGAAGUGGCACAAGCUGAUCAGCCCUCUGAAGUCCCUGGAGGAGAGAGCGUGCAACAAACACAACAAGCUGAAGGAGUUUUUCUGCAGGAACGACCAGAGCUGUGUGUGCGUCACAUGCAUGAGGGACGACCACGUCAUGCAUGAUGUCGUCUCCCUGGAGGAGGAGCUCAAGGAGAGGAAAACUCAGCUGAAGCAUGUGAAAGCGAAUGUAGAGCACAGGCUAAAGGAGAAGACCGUCAAAGCUCACAUGAUCCAAAACUCAAUCAAACAAACGCGCCAGGAGGUGGAGAAAUCCAAAGCAGAAAGCAUAAAGUCUUUUGAAUCUCUGGUGGCUUUGAUUGAGACCAAAAAGCUGAAGCUGAUCAGGUUGUUGGAGGAGAAGCAAAGAGAAGCAGAGCAGCAGGCGGAGGUGCUCAUCAGACAACUGGAGCUGGAGAUCGCUGAAGACCGGAGGCUGAGUGUCGAGUUGGAGGAGCUCUCAAAUACCGAAGAUGACUUCAGACUCCUGCAGGACCUCCCGUCCAUCCCCCCUCCUUCUAACGCCCAACCCUUCACACCUGGACACCUAACGCUGCUGCACGCAGACCUGAUGAGGAGGGCAGUAGCGGACAUGAAGGAGAUGCUGAGUGAUCAGAUGGAGAACAUCAUCAGGGAGGUGUGUCUGAUGGAGGCAGAGGAAGCACAAGAUUCCCAAACAGGACAUGUGAUGGACGACGAGCUUGGGACAAUCCAGAACCAGUAUGCAGCAGAAGUGACUUUGGAUCCCUACACAGCACACCCUUCCCUCAUCGUCUCCGGCGACAAGAAGCGAGUGAGGGACGGAGUCUGGAAGAGAAACGUCCCCGAAAACUCGUCCAGGUUCGACUGUCUUCACUUUGUCCUGGGAAAUGAGGGCUUUUCAUCCGGCAAGUUCUACUAUGAGGUUACACUGAGAGGACAAAAGACGUGGGAAGUUGGCGUUACAAGAGAAGACAUCAGGAGGAAAGGUGCUGAUUUGUCCCUCAGUCCUGAAAGUGGGUGCUGGACUCUGGGGUCUUACUGGGGACGCUGCCAGGCUAACACAAACCCUCCCCUGGUCCUGCCUAAAAAGCCUGAGAAGCUCGGGGUGUUUGUGGAUUAUGAAGGAGGGUUGGUUUCCUUCUAUGAUGUGGACACCAGGGCCCAGAUUUACUCCUUCACACAGUGUAUCUUCACAGUAAGUCCAAACACAAAUUUUCUAAGUGGCAUCGGACGUCGGGUUUACACCGGCAAAAUAACAAAGACCAGCAUCUACCCAAUAUUCAGACCCAGUUCUGAGGAGGGAGCUGCUCCACUACAGAUCUGGUCUCUCAGAGGCGCCAAAAGAAAGACGUAAUACAGGAAGUUAAACUCAUCGUCUGUGAUUAGAAAUAAAAACCAAGUGAAUCAACCAUGUCUGUAAUCUUUAGUUGUAUGAAUUUAUACAUCACAUUUAAGAUUUCUGGGAUUUCAGUAUGGAUUUCUUUUAUCUUUGAGUCCUUUUAGGAGCAGAUUAGAGACUUUGAAUUCAUCUGAAUUUUACUCACAAAGAAGUGUAGAUAAACUCUUAAUGUUGACAGAAAACUAUUUAAUCUCUAAAACAUCUGGUUGUUGUGAAGCUGUUGAAAUGUCCAUGAGUCUUUAAUUCUUCUGAUCUCAAAUCAAAU